UGACACAGGAAUGGGACUGAAAAAAGAAAACACCAUCAUCAUGAGGAGAAUGUCAAACCCACUGGUGUAGAACACAGAUCCGUCGUUUUUCCACUCGGCUGAAGGAUGAGCUGUUGUGUCCAAGCUGGAAUCGAGGCAACAGGAAGGGCACUGGUACGCUGCUAAAUGGAGUCGGAGCAACUGUACCACAGGGGCUACUGCAGGAACAGCUACAACAGCAUCGCCAGCGCCAGCAGCGACGAGGAGCUGCUGGAUGGAGCCGGCGUCAUCAUGGACUUCCACACCACAGAGGACGACAACCUGCUGGACGGGGACGCUGCCUCCCCAGGGUCUAACUACGCCAUGUCUAACGGGGGCGGAGCCGCCAGCAGCACCACCCACCUACUGGAUUUCCUAGAGGAGCCCAUCCCUGGUGUGGGGACCUACGAUGACUUUCACACCAUCGACUGGGUCCGUGAGAAGUGCAAGGACCGUGAGAGACAUCGGAAGAUAAAUAGUAAGAAAAAGGAGUCAGCAUGGGAGUUCACCAAGAGCCUGUACGAUGCCUGGUCUGGAUGGCUGGUGGUCACGCUCACCGGCUUGGCUUCAGGUGCUUUGGCUGGCCUCAUUGACAUUGCUGCUGAUUGGAUGAACGACCUUAAGGAGGGUGUGUGUCUCAGUGCCAUGUGGUUCAACCAUGAGCAGUGUUGCUGGACGUCCAAUGAGACCACGUUUGCGGAACGUGACAAGUGUCCUCAGUGGAAGAGCUGGGCGGAGCUAAUACUGGGACAGGCCGAGGGCCCAGGCUCAUACAUCAUGAACUACUUCAUGUACAUCUACUGGGCUCUGUCCUUCGCCUUCUUGGCUGUCUGCCUGGUCAAGGUGUUUGCUCCGUACGCCUGCGGUUCAGGGAUCCCAGAGAUCAAGACCAUCCUUAGUGGGUUCAUCAUCCGGGGCUACCUGGGCAAAUGGACUUUGAUGAUCAAGACCAUCACUCUGGUGCUGGCUGUGGCGUCUGGCCUCAGUCUUGGGAAGGAGGGCCCCCUGGUCCAUGUGGCCUGUUGCUGUGGGAACAUCUUCUCCUACCUCUUCCCCAAGUACAGCAAGAACGAGGCCAAGAAACGAGAGGUUCUGUCUGCCGCAUCAGCAGCGGGGGUGUCUGUGGCAUUUGGAGCCCCAAUCGGAGGAGUUCUGUUCAGCUUGGAGGAGGUGAGUUACUACUUUCCUCUGAAGACGCUGUGGCGCUCUUUCUUCGCUGCCCUGGUGGCGGCCUUCGUCCUGCGCUCCAUUAACCCCUUUGGAAACAGUCGUCUAGUGCUGUUCUAUGUGGAGUACCACACGCCCUGGUACCUGUUUGAGCUCAUCCCAUUCAUCCUCCUGGGAGUGUUCGGUGGCCUCUGGGGCGCCUUCUUCAUCCGAGCAAACAUUGCAUGGUGUAGACGGCGCAAGUCGACACGCUUCGGUAAGUUCCCAGUCUUGGAGGUCAUCCUGGUCGCAGCUAUCACAGCAGUAGUGGCUUUCCCAAACCCAUACACUCGUCAGAACACCAGUGAGCUGAUUAAAGAGCUGUUCACUGAUUGUGGGCCGCUGGAGUCCUCUCAGCUCUGUCAGUACCGCCUCCAGAUGAACGGCAGUAAGGCCUCCGAGGGGGGCCCUAACCGCCCAGCAGGACCGGGGGUCUACUCGGCCAUGUGGCAGCUCUGCUUGGCACUCAUCUUUAAAAUCAUCAUGACCAUAUUCACCUUUGGACUCAAGGUCCCGUCGGGUCUGUUCAUCCCCAGCAUGGCCAUCGGGGCCAUCGCUGGGAGGAUCGUUGGCAUCGCAGUAGAGCAGCUGGCAUAUUACCACCAUGACUGGUUCCUGUUCAAGGAGUGGUGUGAGGUGGGAGCGGACUGCAUCACCCCAGGGCUCUACGCCAUGGUUGGGGCUGCAGCAUGUCUGGGUGGUGUGACUCGUAUGACCGUGUCCCUGGUGGUCAUUGUAUUCGAGUUGACCGGUGGGCUAGAGUACAUCGUUCCCCUCAUGGCUGCCGUCAUGACCAGCAAAUGGGUGGGCGACGCGUUCGGCAGGGAAGGAAUCUACGAGGCCCACAUCCGGCUCAAUGGAUACCCCUUCCUAGAUGCGAAGGAAGAGUUUACUCACACUACGUUGGCCAGGGAAGUGAUGAGGCCCAGACGUAGCGACCCACCGUUGGCGGUCCUGACGCAGGAUGACCUGACGGUGGAGGAGCUACAGAGCGUCAUCAACGAAACCAGUUAUAAUGGUUUCCCUGUCAUCGUUUCCAAAGAGUCCCAGAGGCUGGUGGGCUUCGCUCUGCGCAGGGAUAUCACCAUCGCUAUAGAAAAUGCACGUCGUAAGCAGGAGGGCAUCGUGUUGAGCUCCAGGGUGUACUUCACCCAGCAUGCGCCCACCCUCCCGGCCGAUAGCCCCCGGCCCCUCAAGCUGCGCUCCAUCCUCGACAUGAGCCCCUUCACCGUCACCGACCACACGCCCAUGGAGAUCGUGGUGGACAUCUUCAGAAAGCUGGGGCUGCGGCAAUGCCUCGUCACUCACAACGGGAUUGUGUUGGGCAUCAUCACAAAGAAGAAUAUAUUAGAGCAUCUGGAGGAGCUCAAGCAGCACAUGGAGCCCCUGGCGGCUACUUGGUAUUAUCACAAAAAAAGACAUCCUUCGUCACAUGGCUCAAAUGGCAAACCAAGAUCCCGAGUCCAUCAUGUUCAACUGAUCCGCUCGUUCGAGGACGGCUGGGCGGGAGGCGGGGACAACAGUGAGGAUGAGGACGAGCGAGCGCUGCUAUUGGACGGCUCCGAUCUUUGACGUCCGGACUCCAUUUACUAUUAUUAUUGUUUUGUUUUUUUUUUGUUUUUGUUUUUUUUUUAGUGUUCUGCUCUGUUAGACCCCUGAACCUCGCCAAGUGAGUGUGGUCUUUGCACAGGAGCGCCACCUACUGGCCGCAAGAGGGAAAAGACAACGAAAAGAGACUUAAGUCUAACAGUGUGGCUGCUGAGGACACUAAGAGAACACAGGUUGAAGGCACACACACACACACACACACACACACACACACACAUACAUAUGAGGAACGCACUUUUAACACCAACACACACGUGGGAGGUAACCACAUACAAAUACGACUUAUCGGGUACAUGUACGUUACUUCAGGGUUUAUUUUUCCUUCUACUUGCUACAUUUGAACACAAAUAUCUGUACGUUCUACUCCAGACUCAUACAUUCGAAGGGAAAUAUCCAUUAGUUUGAUUUGAUUUUGCGUCAUUUCUCGACACACGACACACACACACACGACAAAAACACCGUAAUGACGUAACAGACUUGAUAUGAUCCUGUACUGUCAGUGCUUCUACCUUUUACCACUGUCGUUUUUUUUUACCUUCGAGGCCGUGGAUUAAACCAAGUGUGUACUUUUACCACAUUCUGCACCUCACACAUGCAUGCUCUCCUGUCCACACGCACACACAAACACACACCACACACACACACAUAUACACACUCCCUAAAACCUGUACAGACGACACUCACGUGCACCCUCCGUGUGCCUCACCCUUUUGUCUCCACCGAGUGGACAUUGUCUGUCUGGCCAGGGGUCAAAGGUCAGAAUGAACCGCUGACGAUGGACGCGAUGAGGGACCUCUGAACCCUCCAGGCUUCGACUUCCAUGCCACCGCGCACGCCAACCAGUCCGUCCAUCCGUCCUCCAGAAGGAAAAGAAGCAUUGUUUACCUGUGAAGUGUGUGUGUGUGUGUGUCCUGUAGAGCCACUACAUUCCAGCCAGGUUACCAUGGGAACCCCUGAGUGACAUGGCAGUGUGUAAUGAUCAUAUGGGUGCACGCGGCUGCUCCCCCAGGUGAAUGUGGGACUGCACGAGACGGCUUUAACGUGUGUGUGUGUGUGAGAGAGAGGGACAGUGAUACACACAGACACGUGGGUACUGCACAUCAAGAACAAGGCGUCUUCUAUUAGAAGGAAAAACAUGAAGACAUAAGGUCUUUUGUGAGUGUGUUUCAAUUUCUGAGCCAGGGGUGUGUGUGUGUGUGUGUGUGUGUGUGUGUGUGUGUGUGUCUGUGUCUUUAGGUGAAGACAGCGACUCCUAUCCAUUAAGUCUGUGAAGGAAAAGGUGUCCAGAUCUGGUUCCCUGUAUCCGACUA